GCUGUCUAUACUACAACACAACUGCUACGAAUGGUCUUAUUAAACUAUGCCUAGCCAUGAGGUACCAAUGAUUACUUGUCCAGCUGCUAUAAUUUAUCAACAUAUGUAUUGUAUCAAUAGCGCACAUUUAAAAGGGGAAGCUGCUUGGUGUGAGCUGAGAAUCUGCCUAUUUGUCAGACCUUGAGGCAACUUUUCAAAUGGUCAGAAGUGGAAGGGAGAGCGAGCGGAAGGUCGCCAGGCGCUCAGCUGUAGUAGCGAUGACGUUCCGCAGGGGAGGCGCGGCGAAGGCGAAACCCUGAGAAAGCGGAGCCCGGAGGUUAGAGAGGAGUCUCACGGGGCGACCAGCCGCACCGAACCACACCAGCGCGUUUGGAGCGCUGCUGCCCUCGGAACCGCCGGCGCGGAGGCUCGGAGCUGUCCUGAAAGAAACAAAAAAGCCACAAGUCUAAAAAGGGAUAAACCGACAAGUUUUCUUGGCGCGUUGACACAUGGAUAAGCAUAAAGUGCUGGCGCAGUUGCUAGGAGACCUGGGUCGUUUCCUGAAGCUGCUGGACCAGGAGAACCUAAGUGGGAACGCCACGGUGCAGAAAUGCCUGCUGUCCGACCUGCUGCAAUCCUACACUUCCUCCAAUGGCUGCGAUGAGGAGUACAUCUACAUGAACAAAGUGAUGGUGGGUGGACAGAGUCCAGAGAAGCCUGCCCCUGACAGAGCUGACGACGUACCUGACGCCCUGACUAAUGGGAGAGCAGGAAAGCACGUUCCGGCACCCCAGAAGAGCCUACCGGAUCUCCCGCAGCCCAGAGCGUGUAUCGGCAGAGAGCCCCUCCCACUGCCCAUGCUGGACUCACCUGAGGGCUACUAUGAGGAGGCCCAGCCCUAUGACACAGCAACCAAUGAUGUGGGUUGUUUUGGUAGGCGUGUCCUCUCAGGAUCCCGGAGGCGGUCAGAGGCUGAGGAGGGUGUGGUUUACGCCACCAUCUCCAGGGAUGACUGUGAGGCAGUGAGCAGCUCGUAUGAGUCGUACGAUGAGGAGGAAGUGACCAAAGGGAAGUCGUCCACACCACACCAGUGGCCGUCCACAGAGGCGUCCAUCGAGCUGAUGAAGGACGCCCGAAUCUGCGCCUUCCUCUGGAGGAAGAAGUGGCUGGGACAGUGGGCCAAACAGCUGUGUGUCAUCAAGGAACAACGCCUCCUGUGUUAUAAGAGCUCGAAGGACCAGACCCCCCAGCUGGACGUCAGCCUGGUGGGGUGCAGCGUGGUCUACAAGGAAAAGCAGCUGAAGAAGAAGGAGCACAAGCUGAGGAUCACCCCAGUGGGGGCGGAGGCCAUUGUCCUGGGCCUGCAGAGCAAGGAGCAGACUGAGCAGUGGCUGAAGGCUAUUCAGGAGAUCAGCAACAAACCUGUGGAAAUUUCAGAAGUGACACCCUGUUCUUCAGACUCUGCCCGUCUCAUUUGCACAAAGGGAGAGCUCGUUGAGCGGCACUCUGUGGCAUCGGAGAGUGGGAGCAGCACAGACAGCCAUGCAGAAACCCCAGAGACCAAGGACGUUAAGAAGAAAUAUGGCGCUGGGCUGAAGUUCAGUAACCUGAUGAACAUUGGGAAGAAAAAGACGUCCUCUCUGGACAGUCCAGAGAAGUCUAUGGACACUUCAGGUUUCCUGAAUGUGCUGGUCAACAGCCAAUGGCGGGCCCGCUGGUGCCUGAUUAAAAACGGGCAGCUCUGGUUCUACCAGGACAAGGCAAAGACCAAGGUGGCCCAGCAGCCCGUUAACCUGGCCGGCUGUAUGGUGCUGCCAGACCCCAGCCCAGACCACCUGUACUCCUUCCGCAUCCAGCAGGAUGGAGAGCAGCUGGCCACUCUGGAGGCAAAGUCCUCUGCAGACAUGGGCCACUGGCUCGGCUUGCUGCUCUCACAGACCGGAACCAAGACUGACCCGGAAGAACUCACAUAUGAUUACGUCGACUCAGACAGGAUAUCCUGCAUCGUGAACGCAGCCAGGAACUCCAUGUACCUGAUGCAGAGACGCUUCUCUGAGCCCAACACCUACACGGACAGCCUUCCUGUGGUUCCCAACGACGCGGAGGAUAUUUACGAUGAUGUGGCCUCGAUAGGACCGGAGCCGGAGCCAGAGGAGAGUCCGGAGAGCAGCCAGGAGGCGGUCAGCGUGGAGCCGGACGCUGCAGACAGAGUGUACCUGGACCUCAUUCCUGUGCGGUCCUUCCUGCACACCUCCUGCGGCCGCACCUCCCCCCAGACCCCCCGCGUGCCCAGCCCCUCCCACAGCCCCGCAGCUGAGGUGGUCUCCCCCCCUCAGUCGGACCCAGAGCCCUCACAGCCCCAGAACAGCAGCGCCCCACCGGUCACACCCUCAAGAGCAGAGCUGGAGCAGCCCUGUCCUAGCACACAGACCCAGCCCCAGAGACCCCAACCCCCAACCCCCCUCCCCAACGCUGACACCCACAAACCCCCCCAGCCUAGUGCCGAGCCCCAGAGAACUCCCGUCCCAAACGCCGAACCCCAGAAAGCUGAGCCCCAGAGGAAGGUGGGGCCCUGCACACCCAGCCCCCAGCCCUCCAGAACGGGUGCAGAGGGGUCAGACAGGGCCAGGCCCACAGCAGCAGCGGGUUCGGCCUCCAUUGAGGUGAAGCUGGGGAAGAACCGGACAGAGGCAGACGUGCUUCGGUACACGGAGGAGAGAGACCGGCUGGAGAGAGAGAAGGAGCAGGUGCGCAACACACUGGCCACCCUACGCCAGCAGAGGAGGGAGCUGAAGGAAGCGCUCGCUUCCUGCAAAGACCCGGCUCAGCAGCGCCCCCUGGAGGUGAGUCUGAGGGAGAAGGAGGAGGCGUGCCGGGAGGAGGAGAAGAAGCGUGUGGACCUGGAGCUGCAGCUGGUGGAGGUGAAGGAGAGCCUGAAGAAGGUGGAGGCCGGACCCUUCACCCUCGGCACCGCCGUGGACAGCGGCCUGCUGGACACGCCAAAGGCAGUGGUCGCAGUGGUCUGUGCAGCACCUCCUGCCCCCUCCCCCAGCGCCGGGGACACCUCGCCCGUCAACUCCGCCACAGCCCUGAAGAACAGACCCCUGUCGAUCAUGGCGACCAGCAAAGGCAACGUCCUGCAGAAGGCCAAGGAGUGGGAAAAGAAGGCCUCGACCUAGAAGAGCUGACCCCCGUCCCCCCAAGACGACCUGAUGAUGUAAUUGCUGGCUAGGGCGGAGCCAGGCUCCUGCUGUGGUGGAGGCGGAGACGGGAGCUGGAGGGGCUGCCCCCAGGCACACCCCCUCACCCCUCUGCCCCGCCAGCUCCACCCCCGAGACACGCUCCCCUGGCACAGAUGCCCCUGGAGCAGCUUCCUUUUUAUAAAAACAAACAAAAAGAGUAACAAUAUUACAAAAAAAAACAGCAGAAACAUUUUAUAUCUUUUGACAGCUUUUUUAAUGUGUUUUUCAUGACUUAAACUUUGCGGAUUUGCUAAGGUUCAGAAUUCAGUGUUUUUUAUGGGUAGAAAAACAGAAUGUGGCCCUGAUGAUUACAUACACCAGAGAAGAGACGCCUGCCCUUCUGCCCCCAUCACCCUGAACCCCGCUUCCCCCCGGGGUGAACAGUCUGUUUGACACGGUACAGCUCCACUUCUGUUCGUAGCAAGGUUGUAAAUACAUAUUAAGCAUUUGAAUUAUAAACCUGUGACUUGUUAAUGUACCCCCUGCUACAA